GGGCGUUGGGAGGGUGGUGGUGGCCCCUCCUCUGAAGAGGUUUAUGUAAACAGAGAGCAUGGGGCAAAAAGGAAAGCAAACAAGUUCACACUUCAAGUGGAUGGACGGAUUCAUCCUUCUGUUAUUCACUCUCACUCUGAAUCACUACACCUCUUUUUCUUGAGGACUCUCCCUAUUGAUCUCCCUGCAUUCUAUUUGAUCACUGUAGUCGGGACAAUGAGAAACUGAAGAUGUGUUUUUUAAGACUUUUCUAUAAACCAGUCGAGUCAGUUAAGAUCAAAUUAUUAAUUACAACGACGGACUUGAUUAACAGAAUCUAGUUUAAAAAACGUCAGUAACUGUUACCUGUGAUAAUGAUACUGUACUAACAGCAUGAGAGCCCUAACUGUGCAUCUGUUGGAGCAGCGAGCCACUCAGAUGAGGGGUCAGACGUGGAGUCGGAACCAGACCUGCCUCUGAAGAGGAAGCAGCGCCGCAGUAGAACCACCUUCACGGCCGAACAGCUGGAUGAGCUGGAGAGAGCCUUCGAACGAACACACUACCCUGACAUCUACACCAGGGAAGAGCUGGCUCAGAGGGCCAAACUUACAGAGGCCAGAGUACAGGUAGACUACACACACAUCAAACACACACAUUCUUUAUCACACAUCACACACAGGGAUGCACACACACACACACACACACACACACUCACACAUGCACACACACGCACACAUUCCUGGCCUGCCCCUUCAUCCUGUGUUCCCAGGGGUCCAAUCUGCAGGGCCAACUCUGAUCUACGGCCCAGAAAAUUCCCCACAACAGCUCCCAUAUGGAGGCUGUACCGGGCCCAGCAUGGGGCUAUUACAUAUGGAAUCAGCAUGAGUCCCGCCAGUCACACACACUGACUCUCAGCAGCAGCAGCCAUACCCCCCCCCCCCAUACUGGUCAGAGGGGGGCCUGUUCAGUUAAAUGUUAAUUUAUUGAUAUGGAUGGGUUCAUUUAACCGCUCUGUCCCUGUGAAUGGAUCAGCCAGGUCACCCGUAAUACAAGUCAGUAUUUGACGUCCAUCCAUGUCUGAAGAUGCUGGGAGAUGACGUGGAAACCGGCCACUAGGGGCAACAGUGAGCGCUGUUACGUUCAAGUAGGUUUCGGUUUUGCUAGGGUGUUGUGGACGGGGAGGCGGAUGGGUGUAAGCAUCUGCCUCUGAUUCCAAAUGUUGCAAGUUUGAAUCCAGCGAUAGAAAGUUGCUUUUGCAUCUGCCUCUGAUUCCAAAUGUUGCUAGUUUGAAUCCAGCGAUAGAAAGUUGCUUUUGAGAUUUUUGUUUUAAGCCUAUCCCAAACCUUAACCACUACCUUAACUAUUUGGAGUUAAUGACUAACCUUAAGAUUUCGGAGAUAAUGCCUAAACUUAACCCUAACCUUAGAAAUUAGGAGUUAAUGCCUAAACGUAACCUUAAACACUUUGAAAUUUGACGUUUCAGAAACUUAGAUUAAAGUCUAAUUCUGACGUGAGACUGUGAGAGCUAGUUGGAAUGGAUAUGAGUUUUGAGGAAAGCACAGUCCUCAAAUACGAUUUUCUUAUUCUCAUUAACUACAGAAUUUGAAGCUUUGGGUGACUCUAUGGCUAUGGAACAGGACUGAAAUAAAACCAUCAGUGCUAAUUUUUAGUUAGAUUAAUUUAUAGGGGGGAAAACCGUGUAAAAUAUUGUUGUGUUGCUAUGGCCAAGUCCAUGUUUAAAUGAUGUUCCUGUGGUGAGGCAUGAGAUGUGGAGAUAGAGAGGGUCUUGUUGGCUGCAGCCAGGAGUCACAUGGGCUGGUCUGGAGAGGAACACAUGACCCCCCCCCCCCCCCCGCACACACACACACACUCAGACAAUAACACACAGGGUUUACACACACACACACACACACACACAUAAUACAUAGAAAGCAGAUACUAAAAAAACGCAAAGUCAGACAAAAACAUACAUUGACUAAUAGAGAGAUAUAUACACAUAUGCACAAAUAACAGUCAUUAACAUUAAUUUAUAUGAGAAUGAAUGUUUAAGACAAUGUAAGAUCUCAUGUCAUGUAUUCCUCUUUCCCCAGGUGUGGUUCAGUAACAGAAGAGCCCGGUGGAGGAAGCAGGCUGGAGCUAGUCAGCUCAUGGCCUUCAAUCACCUGAUCCCUGGGGGGUUCCCGCCCUCUGCCAUGUCCAGUCUCUCGCCUUAUCAGCUGUCUGACAGCCCGUAUCCGCCUACAUCCAUAUCACAAGGUGGGACACGCUAUAAACAAGGCCACAGGCUAAAUAACUCCCUGUGUGUUUCAGAUAUACAGCUAUUGCUCUCAGAGUUCAGACCCUUGAGCUUGAUUGGCAAAGUCAUGUAUUGUUAAAUAUUGACUACAAUGUAAUAAUCUGUCAAUUGAGAGACAAUAUAUGUAAAUAAGAAGUUCUUCCUUUCUAUUUGUCCUUCACUUAGCGGUGUCGGAGCAGGCCAGCACGCUGCACCGGCCCCAGCCCCUGCCCCCGUCCUCAGGCCACCACCAGAGCUCAGGAGGGGGAGGACAGGAUGGGGGGUCUGCCUACUGCCUGGCCUCUGGACGCCACGGCUUCUCAGGCUACUCCGACAGCUUUGUCACGUCAGGAGGCCCUCCCAACCCCAUGAACCCUGCCAUCGGCAACGGCCUCUCUUCCCAGGUGAGUCAAACGGAGCUACGGAUCUACACACACAGAAACACAGUUCAUAUUCUUAUCUAUGUCGGGAGGUGGAGGUGGAGGUGGGUGUGAGGUGGAGUGCAAGGACUUGAAAAGGACAGAGGACAGACACGGAGGAGGACAAAUGAAUGAGGAAAAGAUGAGACAAUUAUGGCCAAUUAUACAGGCCUGAGGCUUAUCGUUCCUUUACCUAAACAUUAAGGGCUGUCCUAACAGGCAGAAAAUGAGAUUUCAGACGCCUCAGACAAUAAUACACACACACACACACACACACACACACACACACACACACACACACACACACACACACACACACACACACACACACACACACACACACACACACACACACACACACACAGAGUGCUUCAGAGUCACUUUAGAGAGUGUGACAAUAUGGACAUGAAGGAUGACUGACUGAAGAGGCUGACAUGGUUAGGCAAAAAUGACAUUUACACAGGUCACAUGGUGGGAAAGGAUUUAUUUUUUAAAUGUUUGAUAUUAUUGAUGAACGUUUAAAAUACUUAUUGGUAAUUUGUGAGACAUUUAUUUUGUUCCGUUUAAUCUACCGAACUGUGUUCAACUGAUCUAAAUGACAAUGAAUAGGCUAAGUCAUAAGGAGGGGAGAUAUCGUCUAUCAAAGAAAAUGUAUUGUAUUCUCGUCAUUUCUUACCAGUCAUUGUGGAGGCACUAACUUCACCUCAGUCGGGACUGCUUAUUGUCUUGAAAAACUUUUCCAAAUACUAAAUAUUUUCAGACAAUAUUCAAUAUUUUUCUGAUGUGGUAGGGCAAAUAUAGUUUUGCUUCCAGUCUCUUCAUCAUCGCCUCUAGAUCUUCCGGCGCUUCAGUCCAUCAACACGCGCAUAACAUCCUUGCGCUUUUGCACGGUAAUAAAUCAAGGUUCCAGUGUCCAAAUUGAUUGCUACCGAAUAUGAAUUGAAUUAUGUGUGUAAUUUAUGUAGAUUACUUCCUAUGUUUUGUUACAUAUAUAAUUGGUGCAGGCUAUCUACAUUUUUUUGGUACGUGUGUGGAAUGUAGGAAUGUAUAGUUAUAAUUAGUUUAAAUUAUGAAUUAACUUAAAUUGGAUGGUUCUUUCAUUUAUAAAAUGGUUAUGAAGACUGUAUAUUGAAGAUCAACUAGGCCUACUCUAUUUAGAAACUAGAAAUAAGACGGAUUGAUCAUUAUUAUUUGCAUGCAAGAUGUGGAGAACUUUUGCUGCAUGUUGGCACAACACACAAUUCUACAAAUCGAACACCCCUUAUCUCUCCUCUCUCUCUCUCUCUCUCUCUCUCUCUCUCUCUCUCUCUCUCCUCUCUCUCUCUCUCUCUCUCUCUCCUCUCCUCUCUCUCUCUCUCCUCUCUCUCUCUCUCUCUCUCUCUCUCUCUCUCUCUCUCUCUGAUAAAUGGGGUGCCUGACCCCCACAUGUUUUCCAUUUGUAAGGAACACACCACAACCUCUUCAAGGGUGUUUGUCAAGAUCCCACUGACAGGGCUUCUGUAUGACAACCAUAAUGUAUGUGUGAGAGUGUGUGUUUUAAGGUUCAUGGGAAACUACCCCUCCCUGAAUCUCUGUUGAGACUUUCUUUACGUUUAUCUACACCUCCCUCUCUUACGCAGUCAAUACUCAGCUACCUUAGGCAAUCAGGGAAACACACACACACAUAAACACACACACACACACACACACAGACACACACACACACACACACACACACACACACACACACACACACACACACACACACACACAGUACAUAAACCGGGAGGCUUCUCAUGACUACAUUCUUACAAUGUUUGUCUCCACAUUCCUCAGUAUGAAAGUCAAGUCCUCAUUUAUUUGUAUAUACAGUAUAUUGUAUGAGAGAAGCAGGAAUGUCCUGUACAUCUCAGACUUCCCCCAUUCCGACAUUCUUCCCCGGCUCUCCUCUGCUGUCCGGCUUUUCCUGGACACGCUGAUUUGGGGCCGCUGGACACGGCAACGUUCCAACAUGGAACACCCCGGCAAAGCUCAGCCAGGAGGCAUGUCACGCUAAAGAGACAAGGAGAGAAGAGAGAGUGAGAGAUCAAGAAAGAGAGACAGAGAGAGAGAGAGAGAGAGAGAGAGAGAGAGAGAGAGAGAGGUAUAGCGUUUUUUGAAAGCUGUAGUUUCUUGGAGAGACCACGCCAACCGUCCAUAUACUUUUUCUGUUUAAACAGAGUGUUCCAAAACGCAGGUAAUUUUUUGAGAAAAUGUUACUGGGGUCGAGAAACACAACUCCCCUCUCAAAAUCAACAUGGGCUCCUCUGUCCCCUGCCUGGGAAAUGACUUAAGCGGGACCAUCUGUGUGUGUGGAUGUAGAAUAAUAUGUGACUUAUAGGGCCAGAAAAGCCCUACAUGCAGUGAACCUGCUUUUCAUUAGGGCAUCGACAGAGGCUAGAGGUCUCUGUUUAGAGGGAUUUGAUGCAUUUAGAGGUAGGGAGGUUUAAAGUGGUCAUGUUGGGUUUGGAUAUGAUAUCUAUUCAGUGAGAUGAUCUUGAGUCACAGCUAUUAUCUGUUUAUUAGACACUUUUGUUGAACUUUCUUUCUUAUCCAGAUAAAGUUAGUGAGGGUUUGUUAUCGGCUUGUUCUGUCUGAACCUCCUCUACAACGACACCCUUCGGCUCUUUUCCGUCCUUCGCUCGCCAAGAAAUAUUCCCCCAAAUUCGAUUAUCGGGUGGCUAAUCAACAACAGGUCAAAGCCUAGCCUGUUUCUCUGUCUGCAGCUUGUCUCCUGUGGUCCAGAGGUUUUUCUCUCUGUUUCCAAAGGUCUACUAUGUUAUCUGUGUUGGGAAAUCUUUGGUGAUAAGUCUUUAUCUCAUCCUAUGCUUUUUGGAGCGGCGGCAGGAGGGAAUUUCCAAAUAAGUGGAGUAGAGGUUCUGAGACAAAUUGGUUAAUUCUUCCUCUGUGGAGCUAUCUCUGCCUGUCUGGAAAGGCCUGGUGGAAGUGUUUUGAUGUCAGUGGAGGGGAACUUCCUGUCUGAGUUAGGCUGUGUUGCUAUGUGUUACGGGUGGGGGUUGGGCGUGAGGUAUGGAAUGAUACAUAACACAAAGCUUUGCCAAAGCCUCAGAUAUGAAACCAGGUGGUGUAGGCCUAAGUUCCAAAAUCACUUAACCACCUAUCUGAAUGGAACGUCAAGAAUGUCACUGUAACGUCAAUAAAACUCAUCCUCCCUUCCUCUCCCUCCCUCUCUCCAGGUGAUGGGUCUGUUGAACCCAGGCGGGGUGCCCCACCAGCCCCAGAGUGACUACGCCCUCUCCCCCCUGACAGGAGGCCUGGAGCCCCCCGGGGGCAUGGGGGCCAGCUGCUCCCAGCGUCUGGAGCACAUCAAGGGUCUGGAGGGCCUGUCCAGUGUCCCCAACAUCCCCAGUCUCCCCUCGCUGCCCAACUCCCAGUCCUACUGCCAGUCCUCCUACAGCGCUCCUGCCUACAGCGUGGACCCCGUGGCCUCCUACCAGUAUGGGCAGUACCACGGACAAAGUAAGGUCAAUAUCGCUCACUUUUAUUACCACUUAAACACUAGGAAGUUAUCUCUCCAAUCACAUUAACUGUAGCCGCCUUGAGCUUUCACCGCUCUUAAGUCUACCGCACCGAUACAUUUACAAAGGACAAAUGUGUUGAUAGGACUCUAGCAGUGUUCACAUGACGUGUUUCCAUCCAAUAAAAACAGCAGGGUUUCAGACAGGAAGAGUUGUUUGAUCCUAUCUCUGAAGUAACACUGAGUAUAUUGGAUCAUAUCUGUCCUUUGGUAUAUUGUAGCUCACAUCACCUCACCUCGCCUGUCAGCAAUUCAGUUCAUUCCUAUCAAACAGUACUGAUAGUGUAAGAUAGGCUCUCCUGGAACGUUUCCUUAUGGGAGGCUUGUUUAACAGUGAGGCGGCCCUUCAGUUCACAUUAACAUUACACUAAGGUUAACUCUGACAUCAAACAAACGUUCAUGUAACUCUCAAAAACUGACGUCAUCCACAUGCGUUCAGCCGUGAUUAGAGCACCCUGCAGUUUUCAAUUUUCCUCUGUGCACGGGUCACCCAAUCAGGUCAGUCUCUCGACCUCGCAGCAACCUCGCCCUUCAAAGCAAAGGCAACCGUCCAUGUAGCUGACUGCUACGGAUUUAAAAAGGACUGCAGGUAUCGAGUGAAUAUUUAACCUAAUAUCCGAGAUAAAUAAAUGCCUAAUGAAAUAUCUUUAAGAAAUAUGUAAGUGGACAGAAAAGACACACGCACACACACACACACACACACACACACACACACACACACACACACACACACACACACACACACACACACACACACACACACACACACACACACACACACACACACACACACACACACACACACACACACACACACACACACACACACACACACACACACACACUCACACAAACCCAUCAGAGGCACUACAUCUUGAUGUCAUUAAUCACAGAGACUGGAUACCCAUGUGCGGUUAGGUCUGUAGAAUGGGAAAAGGUAUUUUCUGGGGGGUGUAAGGAUCCUAAUAUCCUCUGGCAGGGCGGCAAUUAGAAACAGGUGUGUGGUGUGGGCCUGCUGAGGUCAGCUGGGGAAGCAGUAUUGAACUCUGUCCCAGAUUCACUUGUAUUGGGCCUCUAGUGUCAAGCCUAACCCAGCCUUAAUGGGGCUGAUAUCAAGUCUGCCCACUUCCCCUCUCUAGACCACACACACACACACACACACACACACACACACACACACACACACACACACACACACACACACACACACACACACACACACACACACACACACACACUGCUGCUGCACUGUUAGACUGAUCACCAUGAUAAUGCUGCUCCCAUGGUUCAAACCCUCUUUAUCUCUGUCAGUGAUCAUCACCAUCUUUAUUUUUAAAUUGAGGAUAACUCAUAACUCUUCUGUUUUUCCUUUUAGGUGCCCUUCAUUAUCUGAGACCUGAGAUCACCUGAGGAUCUGCCCCUCUAAGUGACACAACAUUCCAACCAUAUACUGAGGAACAAACAAAACAAACAAACAUGUAGAAAAUAAACAUGUCAAUCAAAGAGGAAGCUUUGAGACAUCAUCAUAAACAGAACUGUAAUGUAUACUACAGCUCUUCCGUUCCCUUCAUUAUGUUAAAUGCUCAGUGUUUAAAAACAUUCUGUUGAACUCUCACUGUGUUCCGUUGAUAACGUUGAUCUUUUGUAGCUUUAGAGGGAUUCCUAGGGUUCAGGGGUGACUUUGGGGAAAGUCACAGGUGAAGGAGGAGGAGGAGGGAGGGGGGACUCAGGGGUUUUGAUGGGCAACAGGGCUGAUCCAUCGAGGGGUGCAGUUCCCCCUCAUAGAGGCCUAUUAGGUCACGAGGCUCACGACCAAGAGACACAUGAGAAAACAGGACCACCCUACCACAGACCAACCCAGCUGACCAGAAGUGCAAUAUCACGUACCUCCGAGUCAACAAUGCCAUCAAACAGAUUAAACAAAAAAUAUAUUGUGUCUUAAGAACAUUCUGGAUAAACAUUCGAAUCAUGUUUGAGUAAUUUUUUAUUACAUGUGCCUAUGGAGGCUUCGAGGUCCAAAACAAAGAAACAACAACAACAACAACCACCAAC